GGCAGCUGAAAAUUUCUAUUUAAAUCUGUACUGAAACGCGGUAGCAUUAGUCUUAACGAGCACGACGCAGCGCGCGCCUGCAACGAAACAAAACUUACAAAGAUGUCGAUAGUUCCAAUGAUGUUCCGUGAUUGGUGGGAUGACUGGGAGCGGCCCUCCCGGCUGCUCGACCAGCACUUCGGCAUGGGUCUGAGGAAGGACGACCUCCUCUCCUCACUCUCCGCACUCCCUUCCAGCUCCCUCUUCAGAAAUUCUUACUUCAGGCCAUGGAGAACCAAUUUGGCUAGGCAGGAGUCGUCUUCUACGAUUAACCUGACCAAGGAAAAGUUUGAGGUCAUCCUUGACGUACAACAGUUCACCCCCGAAGAGAUCACAGUGAAAGCGUCCAACAACUCCAUCGUGGUCGAAGGCAAACACGAAGAAAAACAAGACGAGCACGGUUUCAUUUCCCGCCAAUUCACUCGUCGCUACAUCCUCCCGUCAGGCUAUGACGUUGCUGACGUCAUGAGUUCCUUGUCGUCUGACGGAGUCCUGACGAUCACAGCUCCCAAGCGCCCACCUCCAAACGCAGGAGAGAGGAUCAUUCCAAUCAUGAAGACAGGCCCUGCGAAGCAGCCCGAAGCCCCCAAGGCUGAACCUAGGGAACAAAAUGUACCCAUCAUCACAUCUCCUUAACGUGCUAAGACGCUCGAUAGCUAACCGCUUAAUAUAAGCAAACGACCGAAACGUGAAUAGCAUUUAUUUUAUCCGCUGUUGGCCAACAACGGACGAUUCGAAAUUUACGAAUUAGAAAUGUAAAAGGAAUGCAAAACAUCACUGUAAUUUUGUAAAAAUGUACAUUAAACGAUAAUUUAAUAUGUGUA